GGAUUGGCUCCACAACUUAACAAGUUAUGGACGGAUUGCAUUGUGGAGACUGCUUUGUUUGAAGAAUCAAAUACAUUUGGAUUUUUGUACUGUUGUACUGUUUUCAAAUUAACUAAUUUGUAUUUGAAGCUAUAGGAAUAUAGUGAUUUAAUUUUAAUAACUCACAAGGGUUGAUGCUUGAAGAUGAUUUUUAGUGAACUUCUAGUGAAUUUCACGGGGAAGAAUGUGGAGGAGUUUACCAUCACAGGCUUCGACCACCUCUCUUACCAGAAGCUCCUGGGCUUCCUCAUCUUCAUCACCUAUUUCCUUGUGAUUCUGGGAAGCGGCACCAACAUCUGCAUCAUUUUGACGGACAGACGGCUGCACACGCCCAUGUACCUCCUCAUCUGUAACCUGGCCGUGGUGGACAUCAUGUUCACCACCAGCACCAGCAUCACCAUGAUCUCUGUCCUGCUGGGCGAGGUCAAAACCAUUUCUUACUACUCCUGCAUAUCAAGCAUGUACAUCUACCACCUGGGUGACAUCGAAGAGUGUCUGUCCCUGUCCCUGAUGGCUUUGGACCGAACCAUCGCUAUCAGAACCCCUCUUAGGUACCACAGCAUCCUGACUAACCCACGGCUCUUCCUAUUGAUCACAGCUACCUGGCUGAUAGGGUUAGGGGUCAUGGGGGUAUUAACAGCUCAGGCAGACAGCCUUCCAUACUGCCAGCCCAUCAUUAGAUAUGUGUUCUGUGACUAUCCUGCUAUGGUCAGAGCUGCCUGUGUCAACCCUGAACCCUAUUGGAUGCUUCCCACCAUCCUGGGUCUGUGGUUGGUUGGUGCACAGCUCACAUUCAUUCUGCUGUCAUACGUGAAUCUGAUCUACACAGUACUGAGACUGCCUAACAACGAGAGCAGAGUGCAGGUGUUUAAUACCUGUAUUUGUCACAUCAUUGUGGUGUUCUGUUUCUACGCUCCCAAGUUAGUCUCUGUGUUGUUGACGAGGAUAGGGGUGAGGCUGAAUCUGACGGAGCGUAAUGCUUUACUGAUUAUGGCCACACUGUUACCUUCUCUGAUCAACCCAGUAGUCUACUGUCUGAAGACCAAGGAGAUUAGAAAGAGAUUGGUUCAGAUACUGUCUAGGAAAAGAACGGCAGUGAUGAAAUGAGGUAGUGAAAAGUAUUAUGUUGUGACUUCAAAUCAGUGUGUUUAAAGGUUUUAAAGAUAAUUUCCCCUUCAGCUCACAUCAGCAGCGUUUACAUUGACUUUAAGAGUUGCUUCGUCUUCAAAAAAGAUCAGAUUGAAUUUCUGUUGAAUAACCACAAUCCAAGGUUUAAAUAGUUCCGGCUUCUUCUGUCAGCACGUUACAUUACACCUGAAGAUAUCUAAAUGGUUUUAUUUUAUUACACUAAAUAUUCAACAUACUUUUUUUUAUUGUUGUUGCAAUGUCGAGAGUUAAACAUGCAAGUUAGAAUUUCAAUGUACGUUAUAGUGUACAUAACGUAUGUCCUGUGAAAAUCACAAAUAAACUUGAUUUGAUUAUAUAACCCCUAUUUAUAUAUACUUAUUUAACUUGAAAAGUCAGUUAAGAACAGAUUAUUUUUUUUACUAUGACGGCCUACAUCGGACAAACACGGACAACGCUGGGGCAAUUGUGCGCCACCCUAUUGGACUUCCAAUCACGUCCGAAUGUGAUAGAGCCUGGAAUCGAACUAGGGACUGUAGUGACGCCUCUUGCAGUGAGAUGCAGUGCCUUAGAACGCUGUGCCACUUGAGAGCCCUUAUAUUGUGAUGAACAAUAUGAAUAGUGUUGACUCUCUUCCAGGCAGCUCAUUACUACUGACCGAAUAUCAAAUUUUCUGUCUGUGAAUAGAUACAACCACCCGACUCACACCACCAACGCUGAUACACACCACAACCACCUGAAACACACCACAACGCUGAUACACACCACAACCACC